UUCAUUUCCGGCAGGUGCGUAUAAACUCUUCAAUUAGGAGGUUUUUAAAAUGGCAUCUUGACAACAACAAACAUAAAUAAACAGCUUGAUAAUACGGUUGCAUUUUCAGUGAGUCAAAAUGCCAAGUGCUGGUGCUGUUUGCCCACCGAUGAUACUGCCUAUACGUAGGCAGGUCUACGGCCAGUCAACAUCUCGUAUAGAUACUUCUGUACUUAUAGAAAUAGUUUGUGAAACUCCAGAUACAAAAAUCUAUUUCACUGCUGAUGGAACGAAACCAAGUCCCUUCCAGCGUAAGAUAGGAGGCAAGGAGGUAACACACAGAUACACAGCUCCUUUCACACUCAAAGAUGGUAAACGAACAAUUAAAGCCGUAGCUGUGACAAGAGAUGGUUUGAAGGAGAGUGAUGUGUUCAGUAAAACAUUUGUUGUUGAUGAUAUAGAAAAGAUAAAUUCUAGUCCAUUAACUACAUCAUCCUCAUCGGAUCUUGACACCACAGAUUUUUUUGACUCGGAUGGUUUCGACUUAACAGAUUCUACGCUUAAAAGCAGCAAAUCUGGCAAAUCUAGUAUAUCCAGUAAAGGAAAGACUAAAAAGAAGAGUAAAUCGCCAAUUAGGAAUUUGCGGACAAGGUCAAGGUCAAAAUCACCUACUCGCAGUUUUCUGCCAAAAGAUGCUUGGGCAAGUGGAGCAGUCACUGAAACAGAGGGAGGUUAUCCUCCUAUACCAGAUGGACCAUUUAACCCAACAAACUAUUCAGGAACACAGAUCAAUGUAUGGGGUGGUGCCCCACCUCCCCUGGUUCAGGGCAUGCCAGGUGUUGUAAAUCUGGGUCAACCUGGCAUCUGCAAUCCUUACACUACACAAUAUGGCUACCUCACAGAAAAUAUGCUACAGAACUGUAAUCCUGACACCCGACAUGUGACUGUGGGUGAUUUACGUCAGAUGAUGAAUAAGCCACGACAGGAGCAACCGGCAUUAACAGCCCCGCCCCCGCAAGAAAAGAUAGAAGUCCCUGUAUACAAAGAUCCACCCCUCAAUCCAAUAAGUCCCGGAGGAGGUGAUUACAAAGGAAAUCUUCUUCAUGUGUACGCCCACAUGUUAGAUUUUGCCAACAACCAUAAAGACUUCAGGUUACCAGUAGCAGACCCUAAAAUGGGAAAGAUGUUGGAGGCAAAGUUUACAGAUCAACAAGACUGUUUUGAGUUGAGACUUGUUCUUGAAAAGCCAGGAAUUAAAAGAGGGUCAGUCAAAAAGCCAGAAAAGAAGAAAGAAGAAAAACCAAAACCUAAACCAAAGAAGGAGGAGAAAAAGGAGAAGAAGGAGGAGCCUAAACCGAAACCCAAACCAAAGAAACCCCCACCUCCGGAGAAAGAUCCUUUCUUUGCCAUGGAAACUGAGGAUCUUAAUCAACAAGGUACAGUGAAGGCGUACGCUAAUUUUAAUGCAGAACAGGAUGCGGAGGUGUUAAGGGGUGCUAUGAAAGGAUUGGGUACAGAUGAAGAAACACUGAUCAAUGUUCUGUGCUACAGGUCUAAUACACAAAGACAAGAAAUUGUUUCUACUUAUAAAACCAUGUUUGGAAAGGAUUUGAUAGAAGACAUAAAAGGUGAGACAAGUGGACAUUUCUGUGACACAUUGAAGUCAUUGUUGAUGGCACCAGCAGAAUACGAUGCGUAUCAGCUACGUAAAGCUAUGAAAGGUCUUGGUACUGAUGAGGAUGUUCUCAUUGAGAUUCUGUGUACUCGUUCAAAUGCGCAAAUCAAAGAAGUGAUCAGAGUAUAUAAAGAAAAAUUCAACCGUGACCUGGAGAAAGACAUAAUAUCUGACACUUCCGGACAUUUCAAAAAGCUCCUUGUGUCUUUGGUGCAAGCAAAUCGUAGUGACAGUAAGGAGGUGGACAGAAAUAAGGCAAAUCAAGAUGCAAAAGAACUAUAUCAGGCUGGUGAACAGAAAUGGGGUACAGAUGAAUCAAAAUUCAAUACCAUACUGGUGACAAGAAGUUAUCCUCAGCUACGUGCUACGUUUGAGGAGUAUCAGAAAAUAUCUAAGAAAGAUAUAGAAGAGGCAUUGAAGAGUGAGAUGUCUGGAGAUAUAUUGAGAGGCAUGCUUACUGUUGUUCGCUGCAUAAAGCACAAGUUCAAUCACUUUGCCCGUCAGUUGCAGAAAACAAUGAAGGGUAUAGGGACUGACGACGACACCUUGGUACGAGUUGUUGUGUCCAGGUGUGAAAUAGACUUGGUCAAUAUCAAAGAGGAAUUCCAGAAACUGACUGGACAGACGCUUGAUCAGUACAUCACUGAUGACACAUCUGGGGAUUACAGGGAUGCUAUUCUUUCAUUAGUGGUGGGAGGUCCUCCACCAGAUAUGGCUUCAAAAUCUGGCAAAGGUUUUGUUGAGGCUGUCAAACACAAGACGGAAGAAGAACUUGAUGAAGAUAUCAAAUUGGAAUCAGAACCAGUACAAGAAGAUCCAACUCUUAUCCCAGCAGAAAACUUCAAUGCCGAGACUGACGCUGAAGUCUUGAGGAAGGCUAUGAAAGGAUUUGGGACAGAUGAAGCAGCCAUAAUCAAAGUACUUGGAUACCGGUCCAACAGUCAAAUGUUGGAAGUAGUGAAAUCCUAUAAGACAAUGUUUGGUAAGGAUCUGAUAGCAGAAUUGAAGAGUGAGACAAGUGGAGGAUUUAAGAAACUCUGUGCCGGUCUGUGUAUGGCACCAGCUGACUUCGAUGCCAUGAAUCUGUAUAAUGCCAUAAAGGGUCUAGGAACAGAUGAACAAGUGUUGAUAGAGAUUAUAUGUACUCGAUCAAACCAACAACUUAUAGAUAUCAAGGCAGCAUAUAAAACCAAUUACAACAAGGAGUUGGAGACUGAUGUUGCAGGAGAUACCUCGGGUCAUUUCAAGAAGAUUUUGAUCAGUUGUUUACAAGCAAACAGACCGAGGGUCAGGAGUUGACAACCAAGGCAACAAGAUGCCAGGCUUGUAUGAGCUGGGGGAAGAAAUGCACUGAGAAUCAUCAUGGCUAGGUUCCAUAUAUUAUUGCAGAACAGAAGUCAUUCUCAACUGAGAGCAACAUUCCAAGAAUAUGCGAAAUUAGCCAAUAAGGACAUAGACGAUACGAUACAGAGUGAAAUGUCAGGGGACUUGAAGAAACAAAUUUUAUUUGCAGUGAGGUGCAUCAGGAAUAAAGCGGCCCAUUUUGCAUCGGAACUACACAAGUCAAUGAAGGGAUUAGGUACAGAUGAUGAUACUCUGUGUAGAGUGGUUGUGUCAAGAGCAUGUGUAGAUAUGGUUCAGAUCAAACAAGAAUUCCAGAAAAUGUUCAAACAAACUCUCGGAAUGUUUUGUGCGGAUGACUUCAGGAGAUUACAGACUGUGUUUAGCCGUGAUACGUGA